GCCGAGGCGCGGCGGGGUCACGCGGGACGCCAUGGACUUCUACAUCAACCUGAAGGUCAAUUUCAGGGGAAAUUCCAAGAAUUUCCUCCUGUCGGGAUCCGAGACGAAGAGCUGGGAGUCGAUGGAGGCCAUGGUGAAGCGGGCCUUCAGCCUCUGCAGCCUUCAGCUCACCUACUUCGACGAGGAGAACGAGGAGGUCUCCAUCAACAGUCAAGUGGAAUACGAGGAGGCGCUGAAGAGUGCCGCUCGGCAGGGCAACCGGCUGCACAUGAACGUGUACGAGACCCGGGGGCAGCCGGCGAGGGUCAACACCACCAAGGCCAGCGGGGCGGAGCCCAAGAGGGGCUUCCGGCCGCCGCAGCACUGCCCCGCCCUGGCCCAGGUGGUCAGCCGGAAGGUGCAGGCGGCGGUGCCGGAGCAAGGCAUGGUGAUCAUGAAGGAAGUGAAGGGGACGAAAGAAGAAGACAAGACUCCUCCGGCCUGGUUCACGUCCUACAUGGAGAAGUUCAAGGACCAGGUGGUGCGCGAGGCGGUGGAGAAGAUCUGCAGGGAGUUCUCCGGACAGUGCUGCAUCCACAAGCCGGCGGGGGCGGGAGGGGCGGGGGGCGCGGGGGCAGGUAGAGGGGAGGCGGCGGGGGGGGGCGAGACCCAGCAGGUGCCUGAGGUGUCCUCCUCCACGCUGCCCGGGGCUCCAUCCUCCUCCACCCCGCCCUGCUCCUCCUGCAGGGGCCAGACCACCGGCGGGGGCUACCAGUGCAGUGUGUGCACCUCCUGCACGCUGUGUGAGCCCUGCAGCUUCUCUCAUGACCCCAGUCACAACCUGGUGCGAGCCAGAACCCCCCUGUCCAUCCCGGAGCACGGCUCCCCGGCCCCGGACCACAGCAGGUUCUACCGGCGGGGCGACCGGAGCUUCCGGAAGGCGGAGAAGCAGCGGCUGAAGGCGGAGAAGCGCCUCCUGAAGGCCGAGGUCAAAGAGAUCCGCAAGCAGCUGCGGAUGGAGAGGCGGGGCAUCCAGUGGAGCUCCUCCCACCGGGACGGGAGCUCCUCCCCCGUGCUGCUGCAGCCGCGGGCCACGCAGCACAGCAGCCCCGAGCGUCCCAAGCGGCCCUGCCCCCUGGUGGUCCCCGCCAUGACGGCGGUCUUCCUGGACGAGAACCUUCCCGACGGCACCCGCCUGCGGCCCGGGACCAAGUUCAUCAAGUACUGGAAGAUGAGGAACACCGGAACCAUCGGCUGGAGCGCCGACACCAAGCUGAAGUUCAUGUGGGGGAACCUGGCGGUGGGGUCCGGGGACCGCUGGAGAGAGGUGUCAGUGCCCUUCCUGCAGCCCGGCCAGGUGGGCAUCGUGAGCGUGGCGCUGUGCGCCCCGUCCGUGGAGGGCUCCUACACCUCCCACUGGCGGCUGGCGCACGCCGGCGAGCAGUUCGGCCCCCGGGUGUGGUGCAGCAUCGUGGUCGACCCUCUGGCUCCGGCCCCCAUGAUGGCCGACGGGAUCCUGGUGUCGCCGUGCGUCACGCCGCAGGGGAAGAACCCGGUGGGGAAGGACAGGAAAACCUGCCCGGCCUCCCAGGAGCAGCCUCUCAUGUCGGUGGACCAGGAAGAGUACUACAUCCCCUCUGUGGACCUGCUCACGGCACAGGACCUCCUGUCCUUCGAGCUGCUGGACAUCAACAUCGUCCAGGAGCUGGAGAGCGUCCCCAACAACACUCCUGCCGACAUGACCCCCUGCAUGUCCCCCCUGCCUCAAGACGGCCCGGCGCUGGACAAGAGCAGCCCGUCUCUGGGCCUGAUCCAGGAGGAGACGGAGGCCAUCACCAGCAUCAUGGACGUCCCCCAUGGGGCGGGGCCUGCUGCUGAAGGGGGCGGAGUCCCGGCUCAGGAAGAGGGCGACGACGACAUCAACGGCACGCAGUUUGUGUGCGAGACGGUGAUCCGGUCCAUGACCCUGGAGGAGGCCCCUGACCACGCCCCCCUGCGGGGGCCCCGGCCGGGCGCAGUGGUGCGUGCGGCGGCCCCGGGCGGCUCCUCCCCCUCCCCGUCCCCCUCGUCCUCCUCGUCCUCGUCCUCGUCCUCCAGUGUGAAGAGUAAGACCCUGAAGGCGGAGGACGGCUCGUCCAGCCCCCUGAAGCCGCCGGCCGCCCUCAAGGCCUCGCUGCCGUCCCCCCUGAAGGCCUCGCUGCCCGCCCCUCUCUCCGUGGCCGUGGCCCCGGGGCCCGGCCCCAGCUCCGCCCCCAGCUCCGCCCCCACCCUGCUGCCCGCCGCCUCCAGGGGCGCCACAGGGGAGGCGGAGGACACUCGCAUGAAGAGCAUCUGCGUGGAGGCGGGGCUUACGGAGUCGGCGGAGGGCGGCGACAAGGCGGAGGCGGCGAGGAGCCGCUCCUCCUCCACCUCCUCCGAGGACUACAUCAUCAUCCUGCCGGACUGCUUCGACACCACCCGCCCGCUGGGCGAGUCCAUGUACAGCUCUGCCCUGUCCCAGCCCGGAGACGUCCCGGCCAAGACCCCCACAGACCCCGAGCCCCCCUCCUCCCCCGCCGCCGCCGAGGGCGAUCCGGCGCCGGGCGCCGAGCUGUCGGAAGCCAGCAGCGCCAACGACAUGCUGUGCACGUCUCAGACGCUGGACGACGAGCCGCUGACGCCCGAGGUGGUGGCCCCGCCCCAAAUCGUCCUCACCAACAGCCUGGAAAGCAGCAGAGAAACGGAAGCUGAAGACGGAGCAGAGAACUCUGAGCUCUACCAGACCCAGGAGGAAUCUGGAGCUGAGCAGACUCAGACAGACGAGGCCGAAGUGACCGAGGAUACAGAGGAGGGCAACCCCGAGGACCCCAGGCACCCCGGGAUCACCAGCGGUCUGGUGAAAGGAGCUCUGUCUGUGGCCGCCUCCGCCUACAAGGCUCUGUUCACGGGACAAGGCCCCACCCAGCCCCCGGUGGACGCCUCCACCCAGGACACCAUGAUGGCGGUGCUGGUGGAGAUGGGCUUCGGCGACCGGCCGCUGAACCAGCGGCUCCUCAAGAAACACAACUACAACCUGCUGGACGUGGUCAACGAGCUGGUGCAGAUGACCGACAACGACUGGUACUCCACCCGCUACUGAGCGGGGCCGGAGUCCCCCCCACCCCACCCACCCCCACCCUCCUCACCCUCCUCCAGCGCCGUCUCCUCGCCGCCGUGCAGCAGACUUCCUCACAAACCAGCCUGAGCCGGAUCAGCUCUGAUGAUCGAUCGGCUUGACGGCGACAUAAAAACUCUCCUGUUCGUUCUGCGCUCUGAUGGAAGCGAGUUAGACGGGAUCCGAUCCGAUCCGAUCCGAUCCGAUCCGAUAUGAUAGCUCAUGAUAGCUUGUCUGCUCAUAGAUUAUAGCUGGAAGUCGGGGAGUGUCUCCGCCCUAAACCUCCCCCAACAUGAAGAUGCCCGGUCUGAUUUCCCUCCGGGGAGGGUUUUUCCUCCAGGCAGUGAACUCUAGCUGCUCCCAAACGUUGAAAAAGAAGACGUCGUUAAUGUCAAAUUCAUAUUGUGAUGAACUGAGACGAUAAUGAUUCCAGACUUUGCAGCCAGCUUA